GGCGAUGGCGGCGGCGGCGCGGCGCGGCGCGGGGCGGGGCGGGGCGGGGCGGCUGCCCACCCCUUCUGCCGCGUCACAGCGCGCGCCGGAAGCGGAGGCCGGAGCGGGCGGCGGCGGAGGGCGCGGCGCCGACGCGGGGAGCGAGAUGCCUGUGACCGUGGGCCCGUAUGGGCAAUCACAGCCCAGCUGCUUUGACAGAGUAAAGAUGGGCUUCAUGAUGGGCUUUGCAGUGGGCAUGGCAGCGGGGGCGCUGUUCGGCACGUUUUCCUGUCUCAGGAUUGGCAUGAGAGGACGAGAGCUGAUGGGUGGAGUUGGCAAAACGAUGAUGCAAAGUGGUGGGACGUUUGGGACAUUCAUGGCUAUUGGUAUGGGAAUCCGCUGCUAACCUGGAGCUUGGGUUUUAACCCAGCAUGCCCCGUACCGCCAUUCCUCCUCUGUACCAUAAUAAAAUCUUCAGAUACCUAGAA